GGAGGAUAGGGUUGUGGUUGCGGCCACAUCGACGCGGACGCUGCGACGGGUCUGCGCAGCUGUGUUGCGCAGAGCUUCACUGGCGAUGUAAGAUCAGGACGAAAGGAAGAAUUCUCCCCUGGAGCCUGUCUGACUAAUAAGGUGCACAUUGCAGUUUCACCGUGUGCACAUAUCAGAUGUCGUCAUUGGGAGAACACCAGCGCUCUGGCCUGACAAAAUAUGGACAAGCAGGAGCUGGGAUUAAUGCGGUUACCACAAUAUUGAGGCAACUUCAUGGAGAAAACUAAAGGAAUCCCUUUAAGAUGACACGCACAGACCCACCUGAUAUACUGGUAUCAACUGUGCAUCAAGACAUAAAAGUGAUUCCUAUAUCGACCCACUACAAAUCUUUGCAACCCUCCAAACAAUGUGAUUUUAUAAAUUGCAUUACACUGGAGGACAAUCAGAGCAAAGUUAAUAAGAGGCACUGUCGAACCUUUGACUAUAAGUCAUUGGAGUACCCAAAAUCACACAAGUCCUCAAUGGAGUCCCCAUACAGAAAAGCUGAUAGACAUGCAGCCAACCCAGAUGUUGCUUGGAAUGCCCUGGGUCGCCACCAGAGAUACCGUUUUUCUGCUCCAGACAUUUUCAGUCACAGAUUAACUCCUCAAUCAGUGAUUGCAGAAAGGGCAAGUGAGGUAGUUGUCCAUGAAAAUAAAAGAAGGACCAGGUCAAAAAGUGCCUCUCGUGUUCAGACUGGCCUGACUCCUGUGACUUUUGAAGGUUCCUCAUCAUCAGGAAGGAAAGGAAGAGAGUCCCAAAGGGUUCCAAGAGAUUCUCGCUGGAGAGCUGAAACAUCCCCACUUAGAGAGUCAUCUCAUGCAGCAACAAGGACUCAUAUGCAUGAAGUACAUCCCAUUAAGCUCCAGCCUCAAAUUGGUGACAGCAGUAGAUAUUCACCACACUACGCUUCUGAUAAAUUUGAGGAUGGAAGUCUAGAUAAAUCAGCAAGUAGCCCCCAUGUUAGGUGUCGAGUGGACAUCAAGCCAGAUGAUGCGGCAUUACAUCAUUCAGGUCAAAAACAGACAACAUCUGCAAUGGAUAUACCCUGGCAGAGGCAUCACAGUACUGGGAGAAGUCUGACUGUGCCACGUCAUUUCUCCUACUCCAGAACUCCAACUCCCACUGACUCAAUGGGUGCGGAAAGUAGGCAAGCUUAUCAAUAUUCCCGAAGUAUGCCGAAUACUUACCUACAUCACAUGGAGCUUCCAUUACAAAGAAUGCCUUCUGCUGGUGAUUAUUAUGGUAGAGGACAUAGAGCUCAUUCCAGUCCUAAUGUGCCAACUAAUUUCUUUUAUGCAGAUGAUGUAGCCAGAUAUGUGACUGCUCCUGCUCCAAAACCAGGAUCUUUUUUUCAUGAUGAGCAUUACACACCAGGUAAAACAUACAGUCCCAAAGUACAGUAUGUGCAAGAUCCAAGGACUCGAAUAGUGCAUGCUGUAGCUACUAGACCAUAUUAUUCCGAAAUGGAGACCCACCCUUACUCUGUGCAGUCAGGAUAUCCCAAACCAUAUGCUGAAAAUGAACCAGGGCCAUACAUCAUAAGCACACCCCCCACAAGUAUAUUGUAUGGUGAUGAUCCAAGAACUUAUCAAAUUCAGACAGCACCACCACGAUUUUAUUAUUCCAGUGAUAUGUUUGCAGUGCCCCCAGAGCACCAUGUUCCAGCAAGGGCAUACUAUACUGAAGGUCGAAGACACGCUAGAGUCACUCAACCACAAACUGAUGACUGGUAUGGCUCUGAUGCAUCUGGUUAUUCUACCAAUCCAGCCUCCUAUGUGUCGCAGAUCACUCCAACCAGAGUCCGCCAAGAGCCUGUACUAACUCCAUGGUAUACCAAUCCAUGUGUAGAACCUCAAAAAAUAGGUACAGAUUCCAAAUCUUAUUCCAGGUCUUGGGACAAUAUUCUCAACUCACGUGUAGAAAGAGAACAACCUCUUCCUGUACAGAGAGGUCAGAGCUAUGAUGAUCUUCUGGACUCCAGGAAGCCGCCUAUGGCCACAGGUGACAAACCAAAACCAGUGGUAGUCAAUCUUUCCAGUUCACCAAGACGCUAUGCAGCCUUAUCAGUGUCUGAUAACUCACUUAUUGACAAAAGUCCAACAGAGAUGUCAAAAAGUCCCACAAGCAAACUUUGGUUUGUUACUCCUGAAAUAACAAUUACUGAUAAUGAUAUUAGGCCAGGAAAUCUUAACAAGGCUGAAGGACGGUCUGCAAGUUGGGAUAUUCUUGACUCUAGGAACGCUGAGGGUCUAGAAUUACAUGACUUUGAUAGCUCAACCAAAGAAAAGACACAUGAUAAUGCCUCACUUCAGCAAAGCCUUGAGCAGCUUGAUGAACUCCUAGCAGAUCUUGUGACUGACUACAAGCCACCGAGUAGACGAACAAGUGAGGAGAUUUUGGACCAAUUAAAGAAGUUAAUUGAUGAGGAAGAAGCGGUAUCUCUGUCCAGAAAAUGCUCAAAGCCAGAUACAGACGAACCACUGCCUCUGGACAAGCAGCCAACUUCAAUCAAAAUUAAUCCAGAUGUUUUUCGUGACAUGGAUGGGCCAAGUGAUGCAAUGAAGACCGCAGAGGAAUGCUCUCCAGAUCAAAGUCCAGAUGAGGACGAUACAAUGAUGUGCUCCAACAAUAAGUGCCGGAGAACAGAGACAUUAUUCAAUGCUUGUCUUUAUUUUAAAUCCUGCCACAGCUGUUACACCUACUACUGCUCUCGGAACUGUCGUAGAGAGGAUUGGGACAUACAUAAAGAAAGCUGCUUAUAUGGAAGAAUUGGAAGCACAUGCCGGCAUAUUAUAAAACACUGCCGGGAGACUGUUGAAGUCCAUAAAGCCUUCUCCCGUAUUGCCAAAGUUGGCUACCUUUCUCGAGGUAGGGGGGUUCUCUUCCUUGGCUUUCCAAAUCCUUCUUCAUCUUGUAGCUUCCUGCAGUAUGGCCUGAAUAGUUUACCAAUGUCUCCUACAUACCUGUCUCUUCGGGAGCUUGAAAGCUUCAAGGACAACCUGGGGGAAUACUGUAAUGAGCUGCAAGAAGCUGGUAAAGAAUAUGACCCAAACGAAUGUUUCAUCUUGAAUGUAUCCAUUGCUGUGGGUGACCAGCUGCCCGAUGGGCCAUCGCCAAGGAAUCAAGCUCCUACAGUUAGAAAAUAUGCAAAAAUUGCAUUGGCUUCCUUUAGUCCUGAGAGAAAGGUUCACAAGAAAGAGAGUGAAAUGGAAACACUGAUCCUUACACCACCUCCAGGAACGGCUGAUAUUGACAUGGAAGGAGAGGAAGGUCGGAAGGCACGAGAAAUCUGUUUUAUCAAUAUACAACGGGAACUGAGAAUGAGAGGAGUUUUUCUACGCCAUGAAUACCCAAAUGUGUAUCAACAGCUUUGUGAAUUUGUGGAAAGCAACAGAAGGUUCACACCCACAACUAUUUAUCCAAUUGAUAAGAGGACUGGUAAACAGUUUAUGUGCAUGAUCAUGGCUGCCUCUGAGCCCAGAACACUGGACUGGGUUGGCGCACCUCAUCUGCUUGAUGACAUCAUAUAAGGGCACCUUUUGUUGAAAAUAGUGUACAGAAAUACAUACAAAUUCUUGCACAUAUUUCUGUUGGUCUAGCUGUAGACAGUUGUGUGUAGUGCAACUAUAGAAAUUGCAUACAUUCAUGCCUGCUUGGUCAGUAUUAUUUAUUAUUAAAAUAUUUCUUAUCAGGUGUAGAAGUACAACAUAUCAGUUAUUUAUUUUUAACACUAUAAAAUGCUUUAAAUCAUCCACAAGUCAUUUCCUGGUUUUCUACUGUUACAACCAAAGUCCCUUUGGUUGGGACUACUAAACUCACAUGUUUUUUUUAAUAUCUCAGAUAAGUAAAUAGUGGUUAUUAUUUUGUCCUGAACCUUUUUACAUGACUGUCUACAUCUGUGAGUACAACAUAAAUAUUUUCAUAUCUAACUUUAAUGGUACGACAUGCUGGAAAUAAGAAACAUUUUCUUAGCAACGCAAACACUUUCUAUGCAAGGUUAUUUCAUCAAUCAAGUACCACAUUCCUGCAGGUAUAGCAUCUGCUAUAUUAUGUAUGAUUCAUACAUAUUAUUAUAUAAAUAUAUAAAGAGAUUUUAGAGACUUGUGUGCAAAGUAAAGAUUUUGAUGGAAGUGUAAAUUGUUAUUAGACAUAAAGGAUGCCUGAGAAAGAAACAUCUUGGGCUGCUUCAGAUAUCUAGUAGAAAAGGCACAAAAUUUUAUAUUGAUUUGAAAAGGUAUUCUAUUGAAAACAUGGACUCUUCUGUCUAAAGGAAUACUUAGAGACAUUCAUAUCAGCAUAACAUUUCUUUAUUCUGCUCUGCAAAAUUAGCAGAGCAAUCCUGGACUUGAAAACCUUCAUAAUGGAUGUUAAAAUGGUGCCAGUUACAAGCCCCACUAGAGGUGUUGGCCUGUACUCUUCAGUUUAAACACUGUGAGUAGUGGAAGUUACCUAAAACAAAAACUCAACUUGGUCAAAUACCAACAUAUAAUGCAACUUCUUUGAAAUACAAUUUUAUAAGUUUGAACAAAGUGAGCCAGAUUUUGGCACAGUAACUGUAAGGUAGACUUCUGAAAUAGGGACAGAAGAAGUUAGCUGUGAAUUUGUGGUGAUCUAGGUUUAUUACAUGUAUGAUGUCCUUAUUAGUUUCAGCGAAUCAGAGUCUUUAAUUUGUUUAUUAGGUACAAAAAUGUAGAAAGUUUAAUAUCACUUAGCCAUAUUGCCUCAUUCUUUCUGUUGAUUGUGUAUUUGUAGAUUCCUAAAUCUUAAUUUUAUCCUAGAGGUGAAUGGAAAGAAGGAUGUGGCUUGAAUUUAUUGUAUGUUUGAGUGCUAAUAUUCUAUCUAAAUAUGACUUACCUGACACCACAAAAACAUAUAAUCACAAAUGAAGGUGGAUCAAUUUGUUGUCCUUUAGCAACAUACCGUUCUCAGUCCUCAGAAUCUGUACAACAAAGUACAAUGAAACUUGAGGCUUAUAUAUAU